AUGAAAUAAAUCCUACUAAUAUCUUUUUAUGUCUUUAAUGUAUUGUGUAACUUGAGAUUCAAAGACAAAGAACAAUUGGAGAGACAUCAUUCACACCCUGAAGUAGUGGAUGAAUUUUUAACUGUGCAUGUGAUCCCUCAUUCUCAUGACGAUGUUGGAUGGUUGAAGACAGUGGAACAAUACUUUUACGGUUUGAGGAAUGAUUACCAAUGGGCAAAUGUGGAAUACGUGAUAGAUUCGUAUAUAGAGGAAUUGUAAAGAGAUUAGAGCAGAAAGUUUAUAUAGGUGGAAACCAAGUUUUUCAAGAUGUGGUGGGAUUAAUAAAAUGAAACAACCAGAGGUAUUACAAGAGAGUUGGUUCAAAAUAGAUAAUUGCAAUUCAUUUCAGGAGGAUGGUGCAUGAAUGAUGAAGCCACAACUUAUUAUGAAGAUAUAAUUGAUCAAAUGACCUUGGGCCAUAAAUUCUUAAAGGAUACCUUCAAUUAUGUACCAAAUAUCGGUUGGUAAAUUGAUCCUUUUGGCCAUCAGAAUUCUUAAGCAGCCUUAUCCUAUUAAAUGGGAUUCAAUGCUUGGUUUUUUGCCAGAAUUGAUUACGAAGACAAAGAAGCAAGACUUGAUAAAAAGAAUAUGGAAAUGAUCAUGUUACCGCCUGCUGAGGGAGUUCAGUAUCCAAUCUUUACUCACAUUCAAUACUAUCAUUACGAAGCACCUCCAACAUUCAAUUUUGACAUCCUAAGAAGAUCAGAUGCUAUUGUUGACAAUAUGAAAUCAGAAAGCUAUAACAUUAAGGAAAGAUCAGAACAACUGGUCUCAUAUUUCAAAUCUCAAUCACUUCAUUAUAAGAGCAAUCACCUGAUCCACACUUUCGGUUCUGACUUCUGUUGGUCCAACUCCAAAGUGUUCUAUCAGAACCUUGAUAAGUUAAUCAAAUACAUCAACGUCACUCCAGAAUACAACAUGAAACUGUAAUAUUCAACACCUGAAGAAUACAUUGCAGAAAUUAAUAAGCAGAACAUUAAAUUCGAAACCAAAUAAGAUGAUUUCUUCCCUUAUUCUGAUGAACCACAUGCCUUUUGGACUGGCUACUUCACAAGCAGAGUAGCAAUUAAAGGUUAUGUGAAACGACUAGGUAGAUAGGCAUAAACCUAUAAAAAAUUGAUUGCCUUACUUUAUCAAUAAGAAUUCGUUUAGGAGGACUAUUAAAAUAUUACUAACGCCAUUUAUGAAUUAGAUAAUGCUUUGGCCAUUUGCCAACAUCAUGAUGCUGUUACUGGAACAGAAAAACAACAUGUCAACGAUGACUACAUCAAAAUACUCUAUAAAGGAGAAUAACAUAUCCAAAAAUUGACAAGAAAGAUCUUAUCCAAAUUUUUAUACAAUACAACAACCAUAGAUUAUGAACAAUGUGAAUAUAACAUUACUUCAUAAUAAUGUACCAAGACUUAUAGUGCUCUUAAGGCUAAUAAAACUGUUAUUCUUACAAUUGUUGAUGGAAAAGUCAAACAAGAAAACAAUACUGAUAUCAUUAGAAUUAAAGUUCCAAAUUUAAAACUAUUAAUUAAAGAUUAAAAUAAUUAAGUAAUAUAUGGAGAUAUCGAUUGCACUAAUGGAUUUUAAGAUUGCGAUCUUUAUUUCAAAUAUUAAAUCGACAAAAACAAUGUAAUCAAGUAUUUCACUAUAUAACCAGUCUUGUAUAAUGAAUCUGCUUCUGAAAUUUUGUUAUCAGUUAACCCAUUUCCUUAUACUGAGGAUACAUUGAUCACUCUUAAUUCAACUAAAUCUUUUAAGUUAAAAUACGCCUACUAUUAAUCCUAUUAAUAAAGAGAUUAAGCAGAUGGUGCUUACAUUUUUAGACCUUCCAACAACUCAAAAAUUAUGUAUGGUAACAUUUCAUAUACAGCCAUUGGAUAUGGUAGAAUUAUGUCUCUCUUCAGAAUUGUUAGAACUUAUACAAAAUCUGUUGUUAAGAACUUUUAUCAUUAAAAAGAAACCUUUGAUAUUUAAACCUAUGUUGAUUAAAUCCCCGUCUCUGAUUCAAUAGGAAAGAAUAUCAUUAUGGUCAUAGAAGUGCCCAAUUUUAACUCCAAUAAAACCUUUUACACAGACAGCAAUGGAUUAUAAUUUUAAAAAAGAAUAGUAGAUUACAGACCUUAAUAUAACUAUUCAAUGCACGAAAAUGUAUCUGGUAAUUACUAUCCAGUCACUAGUGCCAUCUAUAUAUAGGAUGGAUAGGAAUGCGUGGGUCUUUUAAAUGAUAGAUCCCAAGGAGGAAGUAGUUUAGAAAAUGGACAAAUUGAAAUUAUGAUUCAAAGAAGAUUACUAUAAGAUGAUAGCAGAGGAGUUGGCGAGGCUUUGAAAGAAACUGAUGAAAAAGGAAAUGGCUUAGUUCAAAAUAUCUAACAUAAACUUACUUUCUUCAAUAUUUAAAACAAUCCAAAUCAAAUUAGAAAGUUAUAAUAUUAUUUGGAUCUCUAGCCAUUGGUAUUUUUCAAUUUUGAUUCAAAAUUACCACUUAUCCCUGAAGGCUUGAAUUGGUUCUUACCAUUUGAUGGCUUUAAUAUAGAACCAUUACUAAUUUAUGGAGAUAAUUUAUUGAAAUUCAAUUACCUUUUAUGGAAUGAAGAUGAAAUUUUAUUGAGAAUCCAAAAUAUGUAAGAGAAAUUCUCAAUGAAAAUUGAUAAAUUGGAAUUUGUUGGCCAAGCCGUAAGGACUACUUUAACGGGUAAUUAGAAAUGGAAUGAUUGGAAGAAUAAUUCAUUAAAAUGGAAUUAUGAUAAGUAAGUAAACUCUCUAGAUGAAGAUAUAGAUGACGUUCUUUAUCCAUUAUAAAUAUAAACAUACCUUAUAAGGAACAGCGAAAAAUCCUAUUAAUAAUGA